UUUAAUUGCUCAACUAAUUUAAUUAGAGCAUAUUAAAUUACUUUUUUUAAAGUUAGUUAUUCCAAGUUAAAAAUUCAUUUGCCCAAAAGUUUUAUAAGUGAAAUGUAUAGUAUACAGAAUUUUACUUUCAUUGGUUUUCUAAGUGUUUGUACAACUUUCUGCCAAAUAUUUGGCAAAGAGGUUCCAAUGAAAUCCUAUGCCGCCUCAACAGUGGAACUAAUGAAACUUCUCGAGGUUGAGGAUGAGCUGGUCGAUAAUCUAAGGGGUUACGUGGAAGUACUGAAGAAGAAACUCCAUUUGGUUGAGCAUUCCUUAAUAACCAUGAAUUCUGAGCACAACCAAAUGCAAAAUGACUAUGAAAUGUACUUGGGAAAUCCAGUGAACAGUUUUCGUUUGAUACAUCACCUACACACGGAUUGGAGGAAAUGGCAUCACUUUGCUCUAAACACUAAUAAUAAUGAAUUAGGUCACAUUGAAAAGGCCCAUCGAAUGCGAAAGCUGUUACCCACCGCAUUGGAUUUGGAGCACGCCUGUCGCGGCAUCGAUGACCUUAUGUCCUUUUAUGACCUUAAGCCGGAAGACCUGGCAGCUGGUAGUUUGGCAGGACACUCAAAGCCAGAGACAGCACUGUCAGCUCGGGAUUGCUUAGCUCUUGGAGAGUUCUGCAUAGGAAACAGAAAUGAAGAUCGUGCCGAGGCUUGGUUUAAUACCUCAUUGGCCAAAAACGAAACUAAAUUCAACAGCUACACAGUCCACUCGUCGUGGGGAGCACUCCAGAUAAAGAACAAUCAACUAAUUGCCGCCUCAUUUCACUUCGGAAAAAAACCAAAAGAGUUAAGCUACAGCGAUUUAGAUAUGUUCAUCGAGAAGGAGUUAGCCACCAAUCAGAACUGCAGUGCUUUGUCCCGGAAACCCAGUCGACUUCUUUGCCGCUACAACACUUCCACGACGGCCUUCACGAGGAUUGCCCCACUGAAAAUGGAGGAGCUGAGCACCGAUCCAUACAUGGUGGUUUUCCACGACGUCAUCUAUGACAGCGAAAUUGAUUUGAUUAUGAACUCAAGCGAGUUUUCUUUGUCCCUUAUCGACGUGGGCCAGAAGUCGGAGGUAAGAAGCUCCAAGGACUCAUUUAUCCUGACAACGCUAGACGAAUCUCUCACAGAACGGGUGGCCGAUAUGACCGGCUUAAAUAUGGACAUGAGCGAAGCGAUCACGCUGAUUAACUACGGAAUAGGUGGUCACUAUAUGUUGCACCAUGACUAUCUUAACUUUCCGCAAAAGGUCCGAAUGGAAAAGGGAGAACGCAUAGCCACUGUUUUGUUUUACCUGGGAGAUGUGGAUUCGGGUGGCGACACCAUUUUCCCGUUGAUUAAUAUCAACGUGACGCCCAAGAAGGGAUCGGCGGUCUUCUGGUACAAUCUUCACAACUCCGGGGCAGUGAAUGAGAAGUCCCUGCACUCAGCUUGUCCAGUGAUUUCUGGCUCUAAAUAUGUACUCACAAAAUGGAUAAACGAGCUACCGCAAGCGUUUUCCAGUCCAUGUAUAAAAAAUGCAAGCCUUCACCCGGAUAGCAACAAUUUAAAAUAAGACAAAUAGGUUAUCUAAACAAAAUAACCAGAGGGUGACAAAAUAAAUAAAUAAAU